AUGUGGAAAAUUGUAUCAUUCACUCUGUUAGGCUUAGCCUCAACUGCCCCAGUGUCAUAUCAAAUGCCAGGUCUCGUAGAUAUUCUCAUCUCACCUAUCAACAAGUUUGCCGUUGAAUUAUUAAACAGCACAUACAAUUACCAGAGAAACAAUAGCAAACUGAAAAACGUGGCUAUAGCACCGUUUUCAACGUGGAACAUCUUCUCGUUACUCGCUGAAGGCGCAUCGGGGACAACUUUCCAAGAAUUAGCUGAAGUAUUACGGUUAUCAAAUGAAAGAAGAUCAAUUCAGAAGCAGCAUCGCUUUGCUAGGAAUUUCUUGAGAAGUAAUGAUGAAAAUGUUAUCAUAAACGCCCAUACACUGAUGCUGUAUGACAAACACUUCAACGUGUGCCCACAAUUUGCAAAAUCGACUAAUGAUUAUGACACAAACAUAUUUCCAGUUGAUACUCGUAAUCCUGUGAAAUUGGCAAAGGAAAUAAAUAAUUUCAUAUCACAUGCUACAAAUGGGAAAAUUGAUAAUGCAGUGAAACCUGAUAUUCUGGAGAAUCUAAAAAUGAUUAUAAUUGAUGCACUAUAUUUUAAUUCUGAUUGGACUAUACAGUUUGAUCGUAACAAAACAGUAGCACGACCUUUCUACAAUUACAAUGGGAAAAAUAUAGGAUUUGUCAACAUGAUGACUCAAAAAGCUAGUUACAAUGUUAGAGAUGUGCCUUCAAUAGAAGCAAGUGUAUUGGAAUUAACGUAUGGUAAAAACAAACAAUUUUCCAUGCUUAUUCUAUUGCCAUUCAAAGGUAUUUCUAUAAACAAACUUUUGAGAAAUAUGGCUUCUUGUUCAAUGAAUUGGAUGAACAGUAAUAGUUUUGAAAGUGUCCAAAUGCAGUGUUCUAUACCAAAAUUCAAAGUGACAUCUCAAAUUGAUUUAAUACCAGCAUUACAAUCUAUGGGUAUGUCAUCUAUUUUCGACAAACAGAAAGCUAGACUUGAAGGUGUAUCAAAUAUAUCACUAUUUGUAUCUCAAACAGUCCAGAAUAUAGAAAUGGAAGUGACCGAAAGCGGGUCUUCUGUAGCAUCAUCAACAAUGAUCGGGUUGGAAACGAAAAAGUUUGAAAUGUUCAUGGCUGAUAGAGAAUUCGUUUUCCUAAUUAGAGAAAGACGAUCCAAUUUAAUAUUGUUUGCAGGUGUUUACGAAGAUCCUUCGCCUUCGUGA